CUCUUCUUCAACCUCGAGCUUAAAGUCUUAAACCCCAUCGCCAUGGCUCUCCACUUCUCUCCUCGCUCCCCGCUCCUCCCUCCGCAUCUCCAAAACCCUACCAAACCCUCUCUCCUCUCCCCUCCCCUCCGCCUCUCCCUCUCCGCCGCCCCCGCAAACCCUAGCCGACCCUUCGCCUCCCCGCGCCUCGCCCUCCUCCGCCCCGUCCCCUCCUUCGCCGUCUCCGACGCCACCGACUUCGCCGCCGUGGACGGCGACGGCGAGGACCUCGCCGGAUCGCCGUGGGAGGGCGCCGUGGUGUACCGGAGGGACGCGGCGGCGUGCCACGUGGAGUACGGCACCACGCUGGAGCGGCUAGGGCUCGGGAAGCUCUCCUCCCCGCUUUCCAGGUCUAGGGCUUCGGCGAUGGGGAUCCGGUUGCCGCCGAGGGGUGCGAAGGCGCCGUCCCCGAUCGAGACUCCCGUGCUCGUCUCCGUCGACGUCGCGAGGCGGAAGCGGAGGCUACGGCUCGAUGGGAUCGUCCGCACCGUGAUCACACUCGGAUGCAACAGAUGUGCAGAACCAGCUGCUGAAUGUGUAUUCUCAAACUUCGCUCUUUUGCUAAGCGAAGAUCCUAUCAAAGAACCCGAAGAAAUCAACAUGGGAACAUUAUUGGGAGAGGACAGAGCCGGCGACAACGAUGAUGAGAGCAUAGACAUAGAUGACCAGCUCUAUUUUCCUGCCGAAGUGAAGGAGAUUGAUAUAUCGAAGCAUAUACGCGAUAUCGUGCACGUGGAGAUCACAAUAAACGCCGUAUGUGAUGUGAAUUGUAAAGGUCUAUGCCUUAGGUGCGGCACGAAUCUGAAUAGAAGCAGUUGCAGCUGCGGCAAAGAGAUGGUGCCGGAGAAGGGCAAAGGAAAUGGAGGUCCUCUCAAGGAGUUGAGAAAGCAAAUGCAGCAAAAAUAUACCUAAUGCUGAUACCAAAGCAUUUUUACAAUUGUAAUCUAUCUAGCAUGUAAUAUGAGUUCAUCAUCUACCAAUGUGGCUGUUGAUUAUUGCUUAAAGAGUAUAAAUAAAUAAUUUUUUUGUAAUAAUUACCUUGGUAAUAUUUUUAGACUAUAGCUAAAA